UUAGCCCUUUCUUAUUUCAUCACCACCGUACCGAAGAUUGAGUUCCCGUCACUUCCCAAUUUGUAACUCACUCCAUUUUCGAAAUCACAUUCUCUUCAUAUCACAAAAUCCACUUUCUUCUUCAACCUCUCCACUUCCUAAUUUUCCGCGACGUAUGGAAUCCAAGAAACCACCAACGUGCCGCGACGGUUCAUUCGCCGGAUCUCACCUGCUGGAUCGGUUGAUUGCAAGAGAAAACCAAUUCAAGAAAAACAACGGUUUUUAAUGGAAAACCGGUUCUGAACCAAACCUGAACCGGACCCAAACUGAUUUAGCAUAAACCGAUUUUUGUUGCAACAGAUUUAAAAACUGAACCGAACCAUAACACAACCCGUCCAAGGGUUCCUUGACUCACUGAGUUGAAUUCUAGUUUUCGUCGUUAUUUCGUUCGUAGAAUCAAAGCAUAGCACAGAAAGAAUAUAAAAACGACUCUCUCAAUUUUCACUACACCAAUCCUUUGUAACUCACGAUGAGGCUGUUGAAGGUAGCUACUUGUAAUCUGAACCAAUGGGCUAUGGAAUUCGACACCAACACUAACCAAAUCAAAGACUCCAUCACCAAAUCCAAACAAGCCGGCGCUGUCAUUCGCCUCGGACCGGAGCUCGAGAUUUCCGGUUAUGGCUGCGAAGACCACUUCUUAGAGCUCGACACCAUCAACCACUCAUGGGAAUGUUUGAAGGAUAUAUUGGUUGGUGAUUGGACAGAUGGCAUAGUGUGUAGUAUUGGAAUGCCUAUAAUCAAAGGUUCUGAGAGAUAUAAUUGUCAGGUUUUGUGUUUCAACAGAAAGAUUAUUAUGAUAAGACCCAAAAUGUGGCUUGCAAAUGAUGGUAAUUAUAGAGAACUUCGAUGGUUUACUGCUUGGAAACAAAGGGGUCAACUCGAUGAUUUUCAGCUUCCUCUUCAUGUUUCUGAGGCUUUGGGCCAAAAGUCAGUUCCUUUUGGUUACGGCUUUGUUAAGUUUCAAGACACAGCUAUUGCAGCUGAAGUUUGUGAAGAGCUUUUUACUCCAGCUCCCCCUCAUGCCGAGCUUGCGUUAAAUGGGGUUGAAGUGUUUAUGAAUGCAAGUGGAAGUCACCACCAACUUAGAAAGCUUGAUGUUCGUCUCCGUGCUUUUAUAGGCGCCACUCAUACUCGUGGAGGGGUUUAUAUGUAUAGUAAUCACCAAGGUUGUGAUGGUGGUCGUCUUUACUAUGAUGGAUGUGCCAGUGUUGUGGUAAAUGGUGAUGUUGUUGCUCAGGGUUCCCAAUUUUCUUUAAAUGAUGUUGAGGUUGUGGUUGCUCGGAUAGAUCUUGAUGUGGUUGCGAGCCUCAGAGGAUCUGUAAGUAGCUUCCAAGAGCAAGCAAGUUGUAAAGUCAAGGUUCCUUCAGUAGAUGUACCAUACAGUCUAUGUCUUCCUUUUGAUCUUAAAAUACACCUUUCUGUGCCACUUCAGAUAAAAUAUCAUUCUCCCGAGGAGGAAAUAGCAUUUGGACCUGGUUGCUGGUUAUGGGACUAUUUACGAAGAAGUGGAGCAUCUGGUUUUUUGCUCCCUCUUUCUGGUGGAGCAGACAGUUCCUCUGUUGCUGCAAUUGUUGGGUGUAUGUGCCAGCUGGUUGUAAAAGAAAUUGCUAAUGGGGACGAACAAGUUAAAGCUGACGCAAUACGAAUUGGAAACUAUAAAGAUGGGCAGUAUCCUACAGACAGCAGAGAGUUUGCCAAACGAGUAUUCUAUACGGUGUUUAUGGGAUCUGAAAACAGUUCGGAUAUGACAAGAUCGCGAGCCAAGGUACUGGCGGAUGAAAUCGGUUCAUGGCACCUUGAUGUUAGCAUUGAUGGAGUUCUAUCUUCUCUUUUAUCAUUGUUCCAAACACUUACAGGAAAGCGGCCCCGCUACAAGGUAGAUGGUGGAUCUAAUGUUGAGAACUUAGGCUUGCAAAACAUUCAAGCUCGAAUCAGAAUGGUGCUAGCUUACAUGUUAGCGUUACUCUUGCCUUGGGUUCACAACAAACCUGGGUUUUAUCUUGUCUUGGGGAGCUCCAAUGUGGAUGAAGGGUUACGUGGUUAUUUAACGAAGUAUGAUUGCAGCUCAGCAGAUAUAAAUCCUAUCGGUAGUAUAAGUAAGCAGGACCUUCGGGCAUUCCUGCGAUGGGCAGCCAUUCAUCUUGGUUACGCAUCUUUGGCAGAUAUUGAAGCAGCUCCACCCACAGCUGAACUCGAGCCUAUCCGUUCUAACUACAGUCAGCUUGAUGAAGUUGAUAUGGGAAUGACUUAUGAAGAACUAUCAGUUUAUGGAAGACUAAGGAAGAUUUUUCGCUGUGGUCCAGUUUCAAUGUUCCAGAAUCUAUGUUACAGAUGGGGUGCAAGAUUGACUCCAUCACAAGUGGCUGAAAAAGUAAAACACUUCUUCAAGUAUUAUUCUAUCAAUCGACACAAAAUGACCACCUUGACACCUUCCUAUCACGCUGAGAGUUAUUCUCCAGAGGAUAAUAGGUUUGAUCUUCGCCAGUUUCUUUAUAAUACAAGAUGGCCAUAUCAAUUUCAAAAAAUCGACGAACUCGUUCGUGAGCUAGAUGUAAAAGAUGUUCAAGAAUCAGGAAACCAUGAGACAGUGGCAGCUCUAUCAAAUGGUGUUGGUGGGAUGGGUGUUGCUGCAGCAGGUUCAGGAAAUCCAAAUGUUGGAAUCUAACUGAAAUUAACCUCCCCUAAUAAAACCAAAUAAAAAAUAUAUUAUAGAUUAUAUGUCCAAUAGUGCAAAUCUGGUACAAACAAAGAUAUUGGAUCCAUAUUUAUUUUGCUACAUAGAUUCUAUAACACUCUUUAUGUGAAUAAUGAAAUUCAUUCAACCUUUCAUCCCAUGUUUAUGUCAGUGUAAACAUUUUUCAACUGUCCGUCAAUAUUUUGAUUAAUUGCAAAGAGAAGUAUUUAGAUGAAGGCUAACACAACAUA